UCCUUCCAGCGCGCACAAGAAAACCUCCAAGCGCACCAGAUUAAGUCCUCUUCUCUUCAGCGAGAAACAAAAAAAGAAGAUAUGAUUAAGAAGAUGUCCCCGUCCGAGAGCGACUUUGACAUUCCGGCGAAAAACUCCUACAGGAUGGUCGUCCUCGGCUCCACGAAGGUGGGGAAAACGGCCAUCGUGUCGCGCUUUCUUACCGGCAGGUUCGACGAGCAGUACACGCCGACCAUCGAGGACUUUCACCGGAAACUGUACAGCAUCAAGGGGGACGUGUACCAGCUGGACAUCCUGGACACGUCCGGCAACCACCCUUUCCCCGCCAUGAGGAGGCUGUCCAUCCUGACAGGCGACGUUUUCAUCCUGGUCUUCAGUCUGGACAACCGGGACUCCUUCCGCGAGGUGCAGCGUCUCAAGCGUCAGAUCCACGAGACCAAGUCGUGCCUGCGGAGCAAGAUGAAGGAGCAGGUGGAGGUUCCGCUGGUGGUGUGCGGCAACAAGGGCGACCGCCAGUUCUGCCGCCAGGUGCAGCGCGACGAGAUCGAGCAGCUGGUGGCGGGAGAGGACAAGUGCGCCUACUUCGAGAUCUCCGCCAAGCGCAACGAGAACGUGGACAAGAUGUUCCGCGCCCUCUUCUCCCUGGCCAAGCUGCCGCACGAGAUGAGCCCGGACCUCCACCGGAAGGUGUCGGUGCAGCACUGCGACAUGCUCCACCGGAAGUCGCUGAAGAGCAAGAAGGCGAAGGAGGAAGCGGCGUACGGGAUGGUCACGCCGUGCGCGCGCAGGCCCAGCGUGCACAGCGACCUCAUGUACAUCAAGGAGAAGGCGGUGGGGGGCGGACACGGCAAGGACAAGGACAGGUGCGUCAUCUGUUAGCUCCUUUUAAGACAUUUUGGCAAAAAAAAAAGAAGAAAACUAAGGAGAGGCGGCUUCCCCCCACCCCUCCGCGCCUCCUGGGCAACGCGGCUCCGUUGCCAUGGACACGCGCCAAAAAUUGAGAACUUUGAGUGUGACGUCAUCGUGCUUGCCGACAGCAUCGAGCGGACAUGUUUACAGCUUGUGAAAUAUUUUAUAACUUGAGUGUCUCUUUGCAAUCAGAACUAUUUUUUUCUUAGAUGUCUAUUCAUGAUUGUCGUUGUCACAUUUUUUUGUGAAGGAAAAAAAAAAAACUUCCUGAAAAUGGAAUAAAAAAACUCAGAAAUAUGA